GAAGUACAGAGAUAACAAUGUACAUAUAUGUAUAUUUAUCGAAUCUGAAAUUAUAUUUUCUCGUUUAUAUCAGUUGUGAUUUUUCUAGCUUUCGGGAAAUACCUUUAAUCUUCUGAAGAAAAAUGGAAGGAGUGAAUUCAACGCUUGGAAAAAAAGUGCCAUGUUAUGGAAAAUUCGAAUGUGAAAAAUGUAAAAACGCAUGGGCAUCAGCUUGCUGCUGGAAGGACAAGCAUCAAAUCUGUAAAUCUUGCGGUAGAAAGGUGAUCGCUUAUGGAAUGACACCACUCCAUAAAUCUGCACAUACCGUUCAUGAUUUAUCGAAAAAGCAUCCUCAAGAACUUUGCGAAAAGUGCAUAGAAUUGGGUUAUUACUGUAGAAAUGCAUAGAAUUGGGUUAUUAUUGUGGAUUACUAGUUCGUCAUUAGUAGUGUCAGAACAAAGUUUUUAAUACUCAAGCAUUAAAAUAUUUGUGUAA